UGCUCUUGUGGUGGGUUGAAUCGGUUGAAGCCAAGGCCAAAGCUCAAAGCUCAAAUAUUCAUGGGAAGCAUAAAUGCACGAGGAAAGCAAAACGACUGGCAGCAAACCAAAUGUUGAGUGUUAGUCGAGUAGAGACCGCUCCUCAAAGUGGGAAUGCUCCGAAAAAAAUAAUAAAACGAGGAAAAACACCAUUAUAAAUAAGUCAAAUAAUUAACGAACGUGAGAAAUACAAAAAUGCAAACAAAUGGCAAUCGUGUUGAUGUGUAGAUAUUGAAAUUGAUAUUGACUGUGAAGUAACUUUAAUGCAAGCAGUGUGCCCACCGCAAUUCCAAAUUACGUGCGUGACUUGGUCACACUACCGCAGAAUGCAUAUCUGUCUGGUUGCCGCGAACACUCGCAGCUGGGCAUUAAUCCUCCCGAGAAGAUGACACUAAUUGGGCCGCGGUCAACUUUGGUUGUGUUUAGUGUUUUGGAUUCAGUGUUUAGCUUUAUGUUUUUAGUGGGCCGCAUGUUGGUGCUCAGUGUCAGUUUCGCCUGGCUCUUCGGCCGCAACUGACGACUGUUGAUUCCGUGUGGGCUAUUCACCUGUCGAAAGGUGCGAAUUAGUAUGACACCGCCUCGGCUGAGUCGCUAUUUGAUGGCAGUGCGUGGUGGGCGCGAUGGGGAGCAGCACAGCAAGAACUCGCAGACCGACGAAGAGAAGCAGCGCGAUCGACAGCGAAACGAGCGCGAGGCGAAAAAGGAAGAGCAGGACGCUAUCAACUACAAGCGCGACAAGGAGCAACGCGAGGCCCGUCUGCUGGACUUUGAGAUACGCCGCCAGCAGAAGCGGGACGAGCAGCAGCAGCAGCGCCAGCAGCAGCAGCAACUGCAGCAGCACCGCGAGCAGCAGCAUCAGCAGCACCAGCAGCAGCGCGAGCAUCUGCAGCAGCAGCAUCGCGAUCAGCAGCAGUCCAGCGAGAAAAGUCCGCCCACCUCGUCCAGCGCAGCCGCCGCCCACCAGACACAUCCCCAUUCGCAGCAGCAGCAGCAGCGGCAGCACUUGCAUCUGCAGCAACAGCAUCUGCAGCAGCAGCAACAGCAGCAGCAACAACAGUCAACGGGCAGCGGCAGCAGCAACACACCCGUGACCCCAAAGUUGCAGACACCUCCCCCCAAACGAUCGCUGCCCCCCGCCUUCCGGAGUCGCUCCAUCGAGCGGGAGAUCUUCUACGAACGGAAGCGAUUCUCGCAGCCGGAAACCGGCGAGAUCAAGGUUUUCCAUCACUAACCACCACUAAAAUCCCCCACUGCCUCAACCCUUUUUAGAACCCACGCCCACCCAUCCAUACCAUUCGCACCUGCCAGCUGCAACUUUUCCAUGACCGGAAGGUGGACAAAAGAGCCCGUUAAAGCCUUCAAACUUCUUCUAUUGGCAUGAAUUUUAUUUAUUUUAUAGAUUUAGUUCAAUUGAAUUUAUUUAUAAAUGUUUUUGAUAAGCUAUCUUCAUUUAUGAUUGGGUGAUUGCAUUUCUUUUAAAUAAACGUUAUAUUUUUCCUUGUAGCUUAAGAAACUCAAGGAACCUCCUA